UCUCUUCCCAACCCCUCCCUCCUGUCCUCUUCACGAUCCCCCAUUUUCCCUCCUCCCCCCGUUACCCCAUCCAACCCCAACACCUCUCAGCUCCGCCCAGCAACACCGUCAUCCCCCUCCCGGCCAAUCACCUUCAAGGAGCCGCCGUCGCAGCCAAUCCGCUGCUAGUAGCAAAUCCGGGCGGCGGUUGGGCGGCGGGCGGAGGGGGAUCGGGCGGCGGAGCUGGUGGGGCGGCUGGGGAUGGUUUGGGGACCAAUCAGGGGACGGGGAUGGCAGGGGUGGGGUCUCCGGUGGAAGGUUACAGGAAGCUUCACGUGUGGCGGUUGGAGGAGUACGACUGGGUGCUGUAUCUAGACGUGGAUGUGCUUAUAACGAGGAAUUUGGAUCACCUGUUUCCUAGUAAUGCGGACAAUGGCAGCAGCACCUUCAGCAGCAACAGCAGCAACAGUGGUGGUGGCGGCAGCAGCAGCAGCAGCAGCAGCAGCAGUGGAAUGAGCAAUAAGGGAGCAGGCAGGGUGGAACCUUCAGGCAGCCCGUCACCAGAUACCACCUCCCCCCACAGGCAGCCCUGCCCCGAACCUCUGGCUGCCGCACCUGACGUGUACGAGGCUGACCGCUUCAACGCAGGCGUGCUGCUGGUUCGGCCGAGCCUCUCGGUGUUCCGGCAGAUUGUGAGGCGAGCCAAGGUGGUGGCUGCUGCCGUGGCUGCUCGCGCGGGUGCCAUGCCUAACGACCAGCACUGGUCGUUAGGCAUGGUGGGUCACAGGGUGUUCCGGCAGAUUGUGAGGCGGGCCAAGGUGGUGGCUGCUGCCGUGGCUGCUCGCGCUGGUGCCAUGCCUAACGACCAGCACGGGUCGUUAGGCAUGGCGGGCCACAGGGUGUUUCGGCAGAUUGUGAGGCGAGCCAAGGUGGUGGCUGCUGCCGUGGCUGCUCGCGCUGGUGCCAUGCCUAACGACCAGCUGUCGAUGAUGUUGUUUUACCACUGCUACCACACCCACCCGUCCUGCUCCUCCCCCUGUUCCCAUUUCCCCUCUUUCUGGCCCAUGUCCCCUCCUACCACUCAUGCUCCCCCCCCCCAUACACCCCCCUGCCGUCCCAUGUCCUUCCUGCCGCUCCCUGCUCCCCCUGCUGCCUCCUCUCCCCCAUCGCAGGAUUUUCUCAACUCGGUGUUUCGCCACUGGUUCAAGUCCCACCCCUCCUGCCGCCUCCCCUUUACCUCCAACGCCAUCCUCCACUUCCCCCUCCCCUGGUACCAACCUCCCUCCUUCCCCCGUCCCCCCUGCUCGCUCUCCCCACCCCCUGCUGCCCCUUCUCCCCAUCAACAGGAUUUUCUAAACUCGGUGUUUCGCCACUUGUACAAGUCCCACCCCUCCUGCCGCCUCCCUUUCACCACCAACGCCAUUCUCCACUUCCCCCUCCCCUGGUACCAACAUCCCUCCUGGUUGCACCAUCUAACUCACCCUCUCUCCCCCUUGCCCCCCCUUCCCCAUCUCCUCCCCCCACUGCCCCCUUGCUCCCUUUUCCCCUGUUCCCCCUGCCCCCCCUGCCCCCCUGCUCCCCCUGCCCUGUUCCCUCUGUUCCACUCCCCACCUCUCCUCCCCAUCAUCAGGAUUUUCUAA